AUGGAAAAUAGCACUUCUUGGGAAUACUUGAGAUUAAAUGCAGUCGGUCGCUUACAAGCAUGGCUACAGAAACUCCCAAGGAAACACCGCACAGAGCUUACAACCCUCCAAAUUGAAACACUCAUGCUCCUAGCCCGCCAACUUCGUUUAACAUCCGCGGAAGAAUCAUGGAAAGCUGCCGGCUCACUUGUCCGCUCUGCAAUGGUAGUGGGACUACAUAUCGAUCCCUCUGGAUCUACCAAAUUGUCGGUCUUUCAAGCUGAGAAUAGGCGGCGAUUGUGGAUCACCAUUGCCGAGAUGGACCUCCAAGCUUCAAUCACCUCUGGGAUGCCAAUCAUGACGCCUAAGGUCGAUUUUCAUACACUCAGCCCCGCAAACCUAAAUGACGCCGAUUUUGACGAGUCCACCACCGAGCUCCCUGCUCCUAGACCGUUGAAUGAAUCAACUGACACUCUUCCUCUGGUCACUCUCGCCAGGACGUUGUCGCACCGUAUCAAGGCUAUGAAGUUUAUACAGCAAACAGGAUCCGAAACCAAACUAGAUGAACGACUCAAGCUAGGCAGAAUACUAGAAGAAUGCUUACGAGACAUUCCAUAUCCUUUGAAGAUCGACUGCACUUUGAAUAAUGAUAUCAUGCCGCCCGUCCUCAUGAGCCAAGUUCUUCUAGACUUAUACAUACGUCGACCCCUUCUUUGUCUAUACAGACCAGUCGACACAGACAAAAGCCGUGCCCCCCAAGAAAUACAGCGAGCAUGCCUAGACUCAUCAUUGAUGAUCUUGUCCUACCAAGACUACCUCGACCCCAACCUAGCCGACCUAGACACCCAAAACUCCCACGGAUAUUGGGAUAUUUUCCACACAUUCUGCAAGAACGAUGUGUUAUGGGCUGCUCUCAGUGUAUGCAAGUACGUGGGGCAAUAUACACAGCACACGCCAACUACGAACCAACAUUCCCCGAACGGUUUUUCAGAUCUCAACAUCAAACAACACCAAUCACACAGCAAAGCCAGUCUAACAAGACUGGUGGAAAAUACCCUCGACAGCCUAUCCCGCCGCAUCGGCGAAGCAGGAAAUAGCGUCAAAGAUAUCGUUCUCCUUGCAGUAGUCCUGCAAUCUGUGCGCGGCCGUGGCUCACCCGAAAUGAAAGAUCGCUGGAUGACACAGGGCGCAAAGAAAGCUCUUUCUGCUUGCCGGCAGUAUCUUUUACCUGCUGUUACAGAUCAGCAUUCUACUUUUGGUUACCAAACGCAGGACUCUAUGGUUCCAUCCAGCAACAAUCUUGCCUCGCAAUUUACAUCUUCUCCUCAUAUCACUCAGCUACCAGAUCUGCUACAGUCGUCCGCACUAGCUGCGGAUUUUGCUAAUUUCCAGGAAUUUCAAGAGGACUUGUUCUCGUUUGAUGAGACAUUUACUUGGAAUUUGUGA